AUGGUUUCUAUUGCAUUUGCAAGCUCAAUAAUGGCCUUUCGUUGGUUUGGUACUUCCUUUAACUUGUGGUUAGUGCCGUUUAUUGUUACAUGCUCCAAUAGUACGCACGAAUUAUCAACAAAAGAACCAAUUAUAAUAUUGAACACCACCGUUGAGCCCCCACCAAAACCACGUAUGAUAUGCAACACUUCUGCUCGUUAUUAUACGAAGGAUAUUUCAAAUUGUUGGACUGAUGGAGACUAUAUCCUUUGGAAACAAGGCGAUUUUCAUCUGCCUGGACCAUCGCGACUCUUUUUCGUUGGUGAAUCGUCGUCGGGCAAACGAAUACCGGUUUAUGACGUUGUUGAACCAAGAACACCGAGACCAGUCAAUCGAGGUUUGGCUGUGGUUUUUGACAUUUUAAAAAAAGUGGCUGACGGACCAGGAGUUGAAUGGAUUAUGGUAAUGGAUGAUGAAACAUUUGUUUCGCCACCAAACUUAGAAUUGUUGUUAUUAGAUUAUGAUCAUCAACAGCCACUAAUGAUUGGUCAAGUCUGCCAAGAUCGACUUUGUGGUGGAGCGUGUUAUGUCUUUUCUAGAGCUUUAUUUGAAAAAUGUCCUCCAUUCAUAGUAUUAUGUCAUCGAACGCCACGUGAUCCGUACAGUGAUGUUACUGUUCCUCGAUGUAUUACCGCUAAAACUGGAGUUCGACCGACCGAUAGAAAAGAGUUUAAUAGUCAACCACCACAAUUCUAUACUUCACUAACGGGAUUAGACGAUCGACCACAAGGAUACGGAAGAGCAGUUACUUUCCAUUACAUUACGCCAGCAGUGAAUUAUCUUUCGUUAUGGAGACUUCAUCAAGCAUAUUAUGAGAAUAGAACAUAA